CGUCAUUAUCUUUGGCAUUGUUUUUUAAAUAGUCCCAGAUUUCAUAAUCAACAUCAACUCCUCUUUCCUCAUGAGACAGUCAGAGAGAGAGGCUGAACAUAAGCAUGCAGAGCUGAUAUGACACUGACCAGUGUUUAACCUAGUCAGGUUUAAAACAUAGUUAUUCUGUUCUUCCUGGGGGAAAAAAGCUUAAUCAUUUAGAAUAGUUUUAUUUAGCUUUGAAUGAGCAGAAGUGGAUGAAAUGCCGGCUGGGAAAAGCUCGUCUCUCUGCCAGAUUUUACUGUCUGUCUGCCUCCUGUUUUCCUCUACAGAUGGGAAAAUCAUCAAAGCUGAGUCUGGACAGAACGUGUCUCUGCCAUGUCAAACUCCAAACAUCAGCAUGCCCAUCAGAGCUGUGGAGUGGUUCAGACUUGACCUGCAGGAAGGACAUGUUCUCAUGUACCGGGGUGAGCAGUUUAUUUCAUUCAACCAGCUUCCAUCGUUUGUGAACCGGGUGGAUCUGCAGGACAGACAGAUGAAGGACGGAGACGUGUCUUUGACUCUGAAGGAUGUGACGAGUGAUGACACUGGAACAUUUCAGUGUUACGUGGUCCAGAGAGGAACAAAUGGCAGGAAAAGCAUUUUUGAGUAUAUCAGCACCAUCUACCUGAGAGUUGUUCCUCCAGGUCAGACAGGAGGACACAGGAAAGGCAAAGGGAACGAGUAUGUAUCCUCUGGACUGGACUUUUGUUUAACAGUUAGUGUUAUACUUGUUACGCUAGCUCUUGCUUUUUUUAUGACCUUCACAAUACCCAAAACACAGGAGAAGAAGAUUUGAUCCAGACCUCAGAUGACUCGACAGGUGAACCUUAAGUCACCUACCCACUAAACAUUGGACAUGGGAUAGACGUGCAGAUCAUGUCUAUACUGGGUCCAUCAGUCCAUGACCAAUUCUGAACAUCUAUAUAUCCAAACUAGGUCCGCAACUUGAAAGACCUCAUCUGGUGUUACAGAAAUGGCAGAUAAAAGUCACUCCGAGGUCACUUUGCUCAGUGGGUUGUAGAUGUCUAACACCUGAAUUUAUUUAAUAAUGUCUUUAGUGUUUCUUUAGAAACAUUAUUAAAAAGAUUUUAAAAAAAGUAAAUGAAUGAAACAAAGUGUUUCCUUUUCCAAGAUUGUUUAGCUGUUAAAAAGCAAUCAUUUAAAUCAAAGCUGGAUGUAAUCAAGUCUUCAUAGAGCAGCCAGUCCCAAAUGACUGCUACAAUCCACUUUCACCAAAACUUAUUUUUUAUUUCCAGAAUUAUUUCUAUCAUUAUGUUUUCAUUUAUUAAUUUGAUGAUUUAAUUUUUUGGGAAGCAGUGUGUGACACCUAUAAAUGUAUGAUCACAUACAUCAUGUUGAAACAGGAUUUCUACAUGAUCUAGUCCUCACUCAUUUUGUUUCUAUACUGUACAUACAGCCUGGUAUAUAUUUAUUUGGGAGACGGUGGAAUAUGUUUGUUUGUCACUGUCAGAGUUUUUUGUAUAUUUGUAUGUGUUCAGAGAUAAAGAGAGUUUACAAAGUGAAUAAUAAGCAGGUUAAUCAGUGUUAGUGAAUCUGCUCAGAUAUAUUAUUGAAGCUGCAGAGCAGGAGGAUUUAGUUGUAAGUUACACUGCAUGUAAAAGGGAUCAAUAAAAGGUCAUUAUUGUGUAAAUUUAUACCUAAACAAACAAGGUAACCAGGUGGGUUUAAAGAUCUUAACCUGAGUCAACGUUGUGUUUUUAUGUGACGACAAGAUGACAAUGUGUACAUGGACAAAAAAAGAUGGUGAAAUUCUGUUUAAUAAAUAGAUGAGGAAGAGUUUGCAGCCUGAGCACAA